AUGUCUUAUUGGUAUAGAAAAGUCAUGAAAAUCUAUUUAAACCAUGAUGUCUGGCUAGAGAUUCAGUGGUUUUACAGAAAGGUAGACCUGGAAGAUGUGGGAGUAAACCUUGCUCAAUCUAUGGGUGACUAUGAGCUAGUGCUCAGUGACCACAAAUCAUUUGUGGAUAUGACAUGUAUGGAGGCCAUGAUUCUUAGUUACAAUAAUAGAAAGGAUGUGUGCAUUCGCAGUAUCAACCUCAGUAUAAGAAUCCACAAAGAGCAAUGCAGUCUCACUGCAACAAUUGUGAUCUCUAUCAAGAACCGAGAGGGCAAGGAUAUCAUACCACUGUGGUCAUUUCAGGGUUCUGUGUAUGAGGAGAACAUCCAGUAUCUGCUGGAUGCAGUAGAUUCUUCUAUGGAUACAGGUCUCAAGAUUCAGCAAUUGGCCAGCCAGGAUGCCAGUCAUGACAUUGAUAUGGAUAGACAACCAAUAUUAUCAGUAGAUGUCAUGUGCAAUAUCAAUCACUCAGUGGAGUUAGUGGAUGACAAUUUGAAUGCAGUAUCUAGUCCUGUGGAAUCCACCCCAAUGGUCCUUGCUAAUAUGAUGAAUGUCAAAUAUAUUACAAUCCCAGAUACUCUGUCACUGGGUGAGCAUGUAGAGCUGAUCCAAACUGUAAAGUCAAAAGGAGAUUGUAAUGGUCCAGAUGGUACUAUUAAACCAACUAAAUCUGCUGGAUAUCUAGAUUGCAAGUUUCCACAUGCAUUCAAGUGGUUGUACCGCCAGCAGGCUAUUAGGACAAUGGACAUACCAUGCCUCCACAGUGAUCUUUCCUGGUGGCUUAUUGUAUACAUUGUUGCAAGUGACAAAGCACUAGCAGAAUUCUUUCAAUGUGCUGCUGGUAGUCUCAGUAUGGCCAAGGUGCAUGUUGAUUGUGCCAUUCAAUGUGAUGCAAAUUCCCUGCAAGAAUCUGGUGACAUGGUCAAAUUGUCCUGCAAGGAUCUUGGUAUGAUGAAUCAACAAUAUGCAUUAGCUGUUGCUGUACAAGAUAAUGAUCCUCCUCCUGUAUUAUCCAUUGUGCCUCCAUUUAUGAAUCAAAACAUGGUGUCAGACGAUGAGCACCACAUACCAACAGUAAUCAUCAUUGUUAGAGCAACUGCUCGAGACCUCAACAAGGAACCAGACAAAUGCCCGACAAGGCACACAACACAUAAAAUGAUCAAGAAUGUCUCAUCCAAGCAACAGCUCAGAGCUCCAACAAGGAGCUAUAACAAAACAAACAGGUGGGAAGAGGAUGAGAGAGUUAUUGGAGAGAACAAAAUGCCUUUGUCCAAGCAACAGCUCAGAGCUCCAACAAGGAGCUUCAACAAGGCAAACAGGUGGGAAGAGGAAGAUAGAGUUCUUGGAGAGAACAAGUGUGCGACUGUCACACAGGCAGAGACCUAA